CUCCGGCAUGUCUGAGUCUGGAUCUGGAACGCAGCAAAACGGCGCGAUGAGUAAAGUUAAAUCGAAGAAAAGAAACGUCGAGGAAGACGUGGAGGAACUCUUCACUACAGACACCGUUCACCUUGAUGACAGCGAUGUGGAGAAUGAUGAUCUCUCGGACAGUGAGGAGAGUGUCUUCUCCGGGCUUGAAGACUCUGGAAGUGAUGAUGACAGUGAUGAUGAUGAUGAAGAAGAGGCAGAUAUUAACGAAAAUGGAAAGAGCACGAGUGAAGCAGGAAGCAUCGAAACGUCCACCAAGACUGCAGGCAAACCUCAGACUGAUGUCGAAGCAGCCAAGCACAGAACGCUGAAGAAGGAAAAGCGUACAGCUGAAAAGUCUGAUACAGAAGAAAUGAGUGUGAAACCAGACAGAGCCAGUGGCCUUGGUAUAUCUUCUCAGGUGGAUGAGUAUGAUCAGGACACUUCAGAUGAAGAGGACAUCCGUAACACGGUGGGCAACAUUCCAAUGGAAUGGUACAAAGAUUAUCCUCACAUCGGCUAUGACCUGGACGGCAAAAAAAUCUUCAAACCAAUCAGGAGCAAGGACGAGCUCGACGAAUUCCUGGACAAGAUGGAGAAUCCUGAUUACUGGCGCACUGUCCAUGACAAGAUGACUGGCACUGAUAUCCGUCUGUCUGAUGAGCAGGUGGAUCUGGUGCACCGCCUGCAGCAAGGCAAAUUUGGUGAUGUUAACUUCAACGAGUAUGAGCCUGCUAUCGACUUUUUCUCCCACGAAGUGAUGAUCCAUCCGGUGACCAACAGGCCUGAGGACAAACGCAGCUUCAUUCCCUCUCUCGUUGAGAAAGAGAAGGUAAGCAAGCUGGUUCAUGCCAUAAAGAUGGGCUGGAUUAAGCCACGCAGGCCCAAAGACACCGCACCUCAAUACUACGACCUGUGGGCACAAGAGGACCCCAAUGCCAUCCUGGGGCGCCACAAAAUGCAUGUCCCUGCUCCAAAGAUGAGACUGCCAGGUCAUGAGGAGUCCUACAACCCGCCUCCAGAAUAUCUGCUCACAGAGGAAGAGAGAUUGGCAUGGGAACAGCAGGACCCAGAGGACCGCAAGCUGAACUUCCUUCCGCAAAAGUUCCCCUGUCUCCGUGUUGUACCUGCGUUCUCACGCUUCAUCCACGAGCGCUUCGAGCGCUGCCUCGACCUCUACCUGUGUCCCCGCCAGCGCAAGAUGAGAGUGAACGUGAACCCAGAGGACCUGAUUCCCAAGCUGCCCAAACCUAAAGACCUGCAGCCCUUCCCUACCACCCAGUCCCUGGUGUACCGUGGUCACUCCAGUCUUGUUCGUUGCAUCAGUGUGUCUCCCAGUGGACAGUGGCUGGUAUCAGGCUCAGAUGACUGCACGGUGCGCUUCUGGGAAGUGAGUACAGCGCGCUGCCUGAACACGGUGGAGGUGAGCGGGGCUGUAAAGAGCGUGGCGUGGAGUCCCAACCCUGCUGCGUGUCUGGUCGCCGUCAGUUAUGGUGAGACUGUAGUGCUGAUAAACCCUGGGCUUGGAGAUCGGCUGAUCUGCAGCGCUACUGAUCAUCUCAUUUCCUCCUACGAGGAGUCCGAGGAGGCCAAGGAGCAGGCGGUGCAGUGGGAAGUCGCCGAGGGCAAAGGUCACGAUCAGGGCGAACGGCUCAUUCUCACACACCCCAAGGCUGUGAGACAGGUGAGUUGGCAUGGUAAAGGUGACUACCUGGCCUGUGUUAUGCCUGAUGAUGGCAGCAGUCUGCAGGUGCUGAUCCACCAGGUGAGCAAAAGGCGCACGCAGAACCCCUUCCGUAAGAACAAGGGCAUGGUACAGUGCGUCUCUUUCCAUCCCAUCCGGCCGUACUUCUUCGUGGCCACACAGCGCUACGUGCGCAUCUACAACCUCAUCAAACAGGAGCUCACCAAGAAGCUCAUGGCCAACUGCAAGUGGAUCUCCAGCAUGGCCGUGCACCCAGGAGGUGAUAAUGUGAUCUGUGGCAGCUACGACUGUCGGCUGGCCUGGUUCGACCUGGAUCUGUCUACAAAGCCAUAUAAAAUGCUCCGGCACCAUAAGAAGGCUCUGAGGAGCGUGGCCUACCACAAGCACUACCCUUUGUUUGCCUCCGGGUCAGAUGACGGCAGCGUUGUUGUGUGUCACGGGAUGGUGUACAAUGACCUGUUGCAGAAUCCCCUCAUUGUCCCAGUGAAAGUUCUGAAAGGUCAUACCAUCACACACGACUUAGGGGUGCUUGACGUGGCUUUCCAUCCUACCCAGCCCUGGGUGUUCUCCUCGGGGGCUGAUGGCACAGUCCGUCUCUUCACCUAGUCAUCAAGUUUUGUCUCUAGCUUUAGUGACUCAAACUGGAUUAAGAGUGAAUGUGAUUUUUAAUCUUCAUUUAGUACAUCUUGUUACUCCCAGAAAAUGUGUUCAGCAUAAUCCUUUUUUUUUUUUUUGCCAUGUCUGUCACAUUUUUUUAAUUAAAAACAAAAGAAAGAAGAAAAUAUGAAGCCUGUUUCAGAGAGCUUUUGAGAUUGCUUCACUGCGUUAAGCAGAAAGGUGUCUGAUUUCUACAACCUGACACUGUGAGUGGUCUGGAAGUCCUUCUCCCACACUGGGGCUGAGCAGCUCUCACACGCUGAAUCUCAACGACUCGACCGCUAAUCCUUGGACAAGGAGACGACUCGUGAAGAAAAAAAUAUAUGUUCGAUUGUUAGUCGUGCCAAAACAAAGAGCUUCAGGAGUCGAGCUUGUUUUACAUCCUGAUUUUUGAACUGCUGUUUUAGUUAUGUGCCAGUAUUCGUGAUCAGGCCCGCUACACCGAGUCAUUAAACAUGUUGAGUCGUGAAACGUUGACCGAGUGAAUUUCUGAGAAGCGUUAUUUUUAAUUAAACCCGGUGUUCCUCGAAGGGCCUUUCUGGCAGUUUCCUUUGCUGUCUUUUCUUCCUUCAUAUUGCUACAGGUCAGUGAGGGUGAUUUUUGAAAACUCCUGAAAUAUAUGCAGCAGGAGACUGGGGAGUGGGGCUCUUUUCCUGUGUGGGGAGGCCCAGACGUGAGCGAUCAGAAGCCUGUGUGUAUUAUAGAUCGGGUUUCACCGAGGCCGUCCACCUGCAGGCGUCUCUCUCCCAUCUCACCAUGAGUCUCGAGUCUCUACGCCUGCCGAUCUUCCAGCAGUGUAGGGGGGGCAGACCUGUCAGCUCUGUUCAGACCAUAUUACAGUCUAAAACACCAUACUGUAAAACUGAAAUGAAUGACUUCACUGAUAUUUUGAAACGACCGUGGAUCAGACUUUUAUUGGGAUCUGUCUCGCAUUGUAUCUAUAUAAAGCCCCAAAAUACUACGCUGUAUAUAGACUACAGCAGUCUUGUUUCUGCUCCUGAUCACAGAAAUGGGCCUCGUUAUCAGUACAGAAAUAAAAUGGUGUGUCCCUUCUCCCCCCCCGCCCCCGCCACUACCUACUAAAGUAACGAGCUUAUUAAAGUAGCUCGCUUUGUCACGUUUAUUUAUCACUAGCUAGCAGCGUGAUGCCGUGAAGUUCUAUAUGCAUAUAUCACACUACAUGGCCAAAAGUUUGUGGACACCUGACCAUCACUCCCAGAUGUGGUUCUUCCCCAAAAUGUUGCUGCAAAGUUUUAAUCCCACAGUUGUAUAGAAUGUUUCUGUAUGCUGUAGCAUUACAGUUUCCCUUCAGUGGAACUAAGAGGAACCUAAAUCUGUUCCAGCAUGAUGAUAACAGUGCUCCUGUACACAAACCAGCUCCAUGAAGACUCCAUGGUGCGUUAAGUAAAUCGUUGGAGUGGAAGAACUCGAGUGUCCUGCACAGAGCCCUGACCUCAACCCCACUGAACACCUCUGGGAUGAACUGGACCUGGAGUCUCCUCGACAUCCCGACAUCAGUGCCUGAUCUCAACCUCACUAAUGAUCUUAUAAUAAAUGCAUAAGUAAAAAUAAAAAAUAAAAAAAAAACUGCACAGUUCAGUUAAUUAUGAGCUAGAUUGAUGUAGAAAUCUCUCACACACACGCACCAUGCUGACAGUGCUGUUAUUUUUACUGCUCGGGGAUGUAACUGAAUAUGAAUACACUGAACAGAUACUGUGUUCUACUGAUACAAAUAGAAGAUGUGCUAUUCCAUAAGGCAGCAUUAUUUUUAAAUGAAUUAUUUUAUUUAUUUAUUUUAAAUAAUAAUGAACUUUUGUUCAGAGUGUUUUUGGCACUCGUACACGAAUGGUUCUCCGUCGUUAUUAAGUGGAAAAAUCU